AUGCGAAUCUCGCGGGUCAGCCAGUGUUGCGGCACGCGCGGCUCACUGAGUUCGGUCGACUUCCAGCCGCACGCAAAGCCGCGGACGGUCCACCGCAUCGCCACGGCAGCGGGCACCGAGGUCCAGAUAUGGGCGCUCUGGCGGGAUGACGCAGGCACCAAAAAGUCGGCGCUGAAAUGCGUCUGCCUAUACACAUUCCGCGAACAUUCCCCGUACGAGGUCGCCACUGCCAGGUGGUCGCCCAACGGCCGCUACCUGGCGAGCACCGACUCCGGCGGGACCACCCACAUCCUGGAGCGCAGCGACGAGAAGUGUCGCCAACUGGAGCACUCCUUGGGCUGCCAUGAGCCUGCUGGCAAUGCGGACGCAGCUUCACCCGCUCCAGAACCGGAGGCCGAGGCCACGACAACCAAGGUAACGCGCAAGUUCACGUUCAAGUACGAUGGCACAACUGCCAAGCGGCAACGCCAAACGGGCAUGCCGAACCGUACCAAGGCGGGAAGGACGCGCAUCAGCUACGACUCGCAGUCCGUCAAGACCGAAGUUGUGAAGCCAGUGACAGUGGAGUCAAAUGGCGGCAACUUCGAAGCGUGGAAGUCCAUCCAGUCAUUCCGCUGCCCCUCGCGCAUGGGCCAGCUGUUCGACAUCAGCUGGGCGCCCGACAAUCGCAGCAUCGUGGGAGGGGGGUUGAACGGCCAGGUCGCGGUGUUCGACAUUUUCACGAAGCAGGUGGUGGCCCACUUCGACGUGUUCGAGGGCCAGAUAGCAGAUUCCAUCGCGCACAGCCGCGGCUACGUGAAGAGCGUUGCCUGGGACCCGAUGACCCUGUAUAUAGCAGUGCAGACGAGCGGCAGGGAGGCUUCAGUGUGGCGCCGCUCACCGCCUAAUCCCGAGGGAUCGGCGCAGAAGUGGAACUUCAAGCGCGUGUUUCAUGACACCGACCUGUUCCAGAAGUCGCAGUGCGACGUGCUCGGGGGGUCCCGCAUAUCCUGGGCGCCAAACGGCCAGGUGGUGGCGUUCCCCAGCGCGGGGAAGGCCACGCUCAAUUUCGCGGCGUGUUUCGAGGUUGUGCACGCUGACCUCUCUCGCGACAUUGCCGUGCUACGCGACGGCAAGCCGGAUCACCGGCGCCUCCAGCUGGCCUACGACACCGCUGACCACAACGUGCGCCAGGACGCGAUGCUGCUGCACGGCCACCCGGCGCGUGUGCGCAACGUCCGCUUCUCACAGGACCUGAUGGUGCCUCAGAAACGCGGCCUUUGCAAGGGCGCCACCUCCUCGGAUAGCGACCGCUUCAUUUUUUACGCGCAGUCAAGCGAUGACGGCACUAUUUCAAUCUGGCGUUUCAAGCACGCCAGCAACUGGGACUCGCAGUACAAAAACGAGGUGCAGUGCAUCUGCGUGAUCCAGAACGCCUCGGACGAGCAGAGCAGCCUGGAGGACCUCGCCUGGGGCAACGGCGGCAGGUGGCUGGCGGUGGCCACCAGCCAGGGCGGCAUCAUCCUGGUUGAGUUGGGCGAGGAGGACACUUCCACGCGUUUCCACAGCAACUGGAUGGACGGUCUGAAAAUCGAGGACGCCCACGAAGUCACGACCGAUUUCCUGAACAAGGUCGAGCAAUACCAGUCGAAGAAAACGCCUCAGGGUUCUUCCGAAUCCUCGGCGAAGGAGCAAUCUGGCAGUUCCUCAGACGGCAAAAGUGCCACGAGCAGAAGAAGCGUGGGCGAUGUUGCAGCAGCCACUGCCACUGCAGGCAGCGUAGCCUGGGCUGCCGCCAGCGAUGUACAUAGGUAUGCGGCACAAUACCACCCGGCAUCUGGUGGAACGCCAUACGAGCUCGUAAGUGCCCCCUUUGCGUUGAAAGAUCAUAUCCAUGGUGUUGGUGAGGUGGCGGAAAGGCAGCUCAUGCACUGCGUGACAGCGGUGCUGCUGAGCACACUGGUGAAGGCACUUCACGGGAUAGCAGAGGCAUGCGUAGCAGCGACAGCGAUGCUAAUCUGCCACGUUUAUCGUACCCUACCCAUUAGUGCUGUGCCUGCGUUGUGUAGGAGCGCGGCUGGUUCCAACUCGCGAGUCCUGCAAGCAGACGUCGAUAUCGCAUCUCGGCCCUCUCGCUUCGGCCAGGGCGCAGGCCUCGCUGCCAUUGCCAUACGGGGAAUACAAGCAGAAAGGGUUGGAACUGUGGAUUCUAUGCGCCUUUAUGACCCGGAUUCGGCGGAACCGUGUUUGGAAGAGCUUGAGUUUGGGCGGCAUUAUUUGGGGUCAACUGAGUACGGCAGCUUACUGCCACCACUUACCAACGGGUUUGUUGGCCCCGGCAAUGUAUCCAGUAGCUAUCCAGGGGGAAACAUGGCUGCGUUACAUGCGCAGUUAAAGUCCGGUACGGUGGAAAGUGCCGUUACCAACGCUGUUAAAGAAACCUCGCCGUCACGCAGAGAUACAUCCGCCAGUCGUCAAAGCGACAAAGCAGGAAAAGCAAGGGAAACAACAUUGGAUACUGAUAUUGUGUCGUCGCCCACUUCCAAAACAGGGGGGAAUAAACGGGAUGCAAGUGAGAGAUCGGGAUCGAGCCCGCGUGGCAGGGGGAGGCCGCCUUCACGUCGGCCGAAAACCUCACCCGUCACAGAAGACAGAAUCACCGACAUUUGGCUGAGCAUGGAAUACCCUCAGGAUGAUGAUUUGGCGGAACUUUUGAAAUGCAUUGAUAAGACGGUCCCUGCAGUCGACCCGAAACCCCAAAAGGCGUCUGAGCAAGAACCUGUCACACCCGCAGAGCCCGAGACGUCACAAAAUGCUGUUCACACGGAUAAGCGCGGGCAUUUUGAGUCGGCAGUCUCCGACGUUGCAAAGGAAGUGGAAGAAACGUCCAUUGAGACCGCAACUGCCAAGGCAACUAAAGGCCGCAAAACCCCUCCAAUUUCCACUGCAGAAAAGGAAACGCCGGCACAUCAAGGAUCACCGCAAUUUUUCAUUUUGCAGGAGGCUGUACCGCACCAGAAAUCAUCGUCGUUGAAGCCGUCACCCGGUGGACUGCAGUAUCAUGUGUCGUCCUCUAGGAACUCUGCAAUAAAUUCGCCUUUGUUGACUGGUGGCAUGGGUUACUUAUCGUCAAUUGCUGGUUCAGACCUGGCAUCGCCAUUGUUGACCAUGGCGCCUCCGAUGUCGCCGAUUUGGGCAGGCUCCCUGGAUUCGUCAACUAAUAUACAGGCUACAUUCGGACCGCUCGUUGACGGCCCGCAACACAAGGCGGGAGUAAGGGCACAUUUGCGAACCGUGCCUGCCCCUCCGCCACUGCAGCUUGACCAGAGCAAGCCGCCCCCGCGGUUGGAAGGCUUAUUCGAGGUGCCCCUCAUCCGACCGUCCCUAUCGGUGCAGAUACAAGGUGCUAACAAGCAGGUGGUAGUGAUCAACCGUGCCAACACGAUGUGUUCCGCGUUGGUCGCAUGCGUGGAGCGCAACGGGGAUGGGACGCUUCGUAUGCAGUGGACGAAACAGGUCAGCAAGGGCUACGCCACUCACAUAUGCCCGGUUCAAAGCGAGGGCAUGGUGCUCAUUGUCACCCAAAUAUGCCGCAAGUCAAUCCAGAGGGACACUCAUGACCCCGCAGAAUGCUUGAAUGCAAGAGGGUCGCCCGUCGGUGGUGGCAAGGCGGUGGAUUUGGGUCCGGCCAAGCGCAAUGCAAAACUGUCGUUCACGACAUUCUUCACGCUCAUGGAUACGCUAACCGGUGCAACCCUGAUCGACGGAUGCCCAAUAUCGAACGUCAACGUCGCCCGGAUUAAUGUCUUCCCCUGCGGCAACCGGAUAUACGCCGCGUUCACAGCUACAAAAGGGGGCAUCGCUUUGUAUAUCUUCUACAGGAAGCUGGGUUGCAUUGCCUGGACUGUCUCGCCCAACAUUGUGAUAUCGGCGAAUGACUUUCUCAAAAGCGGCACUUGCGCCGAUAUCAAGCAGCUGCAGAUGCUCUGCGUCAAUCUCAACGCCGCCCAAAGCUCGGCGCCCAAGAACACCGCUCUUGGGUUCCUGACCACCAAGGAAAAACAAGAAGCUGAAAGUGAUAACAACGAAGGUACGGAAGCGCAGCAAAUGGGUGUUGCUACAGCACCAAACGACGGUGACCGAAAGGGCAACCACCGUUCAAAAAUGCGGCGUGUUGUAACGGGCAAGGAAAGGGACACGACGUUUGUGGCAAUACUGGUGUACAUGCAGGAACCGCAGGUUUACGUGCUCACGCAGUACUAUGAGCCCUUUCUCAUCGACCUCACCCAGGUCCACAGAUUGUUUCGCCCUCAGAAGCCUGCAGCCAACGUCAUGUCGUUUGGGUCGCUGUGCGACACGUACCGUUGCGAGCUCGGGCUGAUCCAAGGGGCAGAUGUCGGGGGGGACGCGCUCUUCAACGACGUGGUGCAUCGGUUGGUCGACGUGUUCCACCUGGACCCGACGUUGAAGGACCACUACCCAUCUGCCAAAACUGAGAAAAGUGUAGAGGAUGUGGUAGUGGAAGCGGCGCUGCAGCGUGAUCGGCUGCUUGCGGCCAUGUUGGUGCUUGGCAGCCGCUCCGAGUACAUACUGCAGUUGCACGAGCAUGUUCACGAUAUGGUGGCGCGUAUCCAAGCCGCCAAGCUUUGUGAUAUAGUGGCUCAGCUGUACAAGCGUUCGAUCGAGUGGUGCGCGAACGGAUGGCGGGGGCCGCGCGUCGAACUCACUGGCUUCGACGCACGCCUCAUGAACGUCAUCGGAGUGGACGUCUCCGCCAUCCUGCACGAGUUCCUGUUGCCGCUGCUCUGGGACCUGUAUGUCGCUUUGGAAGAGGAAUGCAAGGCGCGCGGAAUGGAGCCGGUUGAAAACCGACCGGACCCUGUGCCCGCGCCGCAGUGCCCAGGCAGGUGCCACAAGUACUGCACCGCCGCAUCAGCGCGCUGCCCAAUCAGCCGGGCACGCAAGGCGAUAGGCAACACGGACACAACAAGCGACGAUGAGUUGAAACCACUGCGUGAGGUUAGUGUAUUAUGCUGCGUUAUGUGCAGUGUUUUGCAGGUUUGUGCGGCAGGGCUGCACAACGCCGCCGCCUGGGAGCGUGCGCUGUCGUGCGCGCAGGCGACAUUCACGCCGUAG